UCAGAUGUCAUUAAAAAUGAACAUGCAUAUAGCAUUAUAUAUUUUCUCGAAUCAUGUUGCAUUACUAAGAUCUUUCCGAUUCUAAAACUCGGAGGCAAAUUCACGCAAGAUAUCAAAGCAAGACAUUAUCGAGCGAGAUUUCACUAAGAAGUCAUCGGUGACUCUUCACUCAGGGUAAACGCCCGGAUUUGUCCGUGCGCCCACGCGCAUUUGGAGGGAAGAAACGUCAACUACACAGUACGAAGGCGCGAGAGAGGUAGCAUAGACCAGCGUGCAACACAACGCAACGGUCGACCAGAAGGGGAUAUCAUCCCCCGGAGGUAUCAUCCGCCGAGGACGACCGAGGUCGCACGGAGAAGAUCGAAGCGGCUGCGCGCCCGCGCGAUCCGCCGGAUUGGCGAUGGUGUGGGGCGGCUGAUUGUCAGUCGCACGCCGGUCUUUGAAUGGAGCGGGUGUGGAGACGCGUACAGGGUGCCGGGCGUCGCGGUGCCGCGGCUCGUUGCGGUUGCCCCGUGCAGCCGUGCCAGUUGCACGUGGACCAACGCGCGAAGCGCGGUGGUGGCGGCCGUAAAUCCCGCAGUAGUUCCGGCGGCGGACCCCAGACCAUCGUCUGCGGCUGUCAAGUGCAGCCGUGCCCGGUGCAUCCAGUGCUAAUCAGGGUUCGUCGUACUCGACCGGCUGGGGCUUCUGCCGCCGCCGCCCCCGCCGCCGCCGCGGCCACCAUCAGCUGCGACUGUCCGCCGGAAUCACAGCCCUGUCCGCAUGUACAGCGAGGAUCAGUCCUGCGAAGGGUCAGAAGAUGCGAGUGCGCGGAUCGUUUUUGUCGGCACGCAACCUGCGGUGUCGGUACUCGUCGUCGAGCGGCCACACAGUCCUCGUCUUCCCCUGUCUCCUCCACGCAGUUGCAGCUGCAACAACAGCAGCAGCAGCCGUGCGAGUGCGCCGACGAAAGAUCAAGCUGCGCCCACACAGGCGGCGGCGAGGCGCCGUGUGAGUGCGAGUGUGGCGAGGAGGCGAAGCCGUGCUCGCAUACGGUCAAAACGCGCCGUACGCGCCGCACGUGCACUGACUGCAACUGCAACGGCACGCAGCCCUGCGGCCAUAAACCGCAGCCUGAAGGCCGUAUAAAGCGGGUUAAAUGCCGCGUGAGGCGCGCCGGCUGCGCCAUGGCACGUUGCACCGCCGAGCUCGCGAUGCUGCAUUUGCACUGGGAGCUCGCCACCGAAUGUGCGCCCUGCAGGCCACGCGCGCUCACGCGACGGCUCUGCAGGAGGCAACAGAGCGACAACGAGCUCUACCGCAGCAACAGCUUCAAAUUUGAGCGCUUUGAGCGUACCAAGGACGAGUGUGUCACGCCGCAUCGCAAACAGGUAUCGUUGUGUGACGAUUACAGUCUACCUGUCGACUUUGUGAACAAGAGACGUCCCGCGAGCGCUGCAGCUGCAACAUCCACCGUGCAAUGGACGCUACCUAGUCCUACUGUAGAGAAUGCGGAAAUCGAGAUUGUGGAACAAUACAGCGACCCUAGAGACAGCAAGAGCAAAGCGUACGUGGAACCGGGAGCGGAGUCGUCCUUGCCGACAAUUUACAGCAGAGAAAAUCGCAACUACUGUCGACCGUACACAGAUCCUUCAGCGUCUGGUUCGUCCUGCGAGGACGACGAAGACGGACGAGCAGUGAUCGUUAGAAAACGAAAAAAUAGUGUCUAUGCUUCUUCGGCCCGAGCUCCAUCAGCGGACAGGGACACUUUAACUUCAACCGAUGGUCUGCUCGUAGACUGCGUCGCUUUAGUACAUCUCACUGAUCAAUCCCCGACCGAGUCCGCUCAACCCGUGCGUCAUCCAUCGCCAUAUUAUUACGGCGAUCUUUUUAAGAUACCGGAGCAACAGUCCAAAUCGCAGCCAAAUAAGUAUCGUAAGAGCGUCAGUCUCGAUGUACCAGACGAGCGUUCACGCACCCCCGGUUUACCCAAAAGAAACUCGGUAGCGGGUGAUGGAGGAUCGUAUUCAUCUCAGCCACGGCAUUAUCAACAAGCACAACAGCAGUAUCCACCGCCGCCGUUAUCGUCGCAUUAUCGCAGUCAGGAUCUAGUGAGCCCCACAUCGGGGAACGAGCAUGGUGUUCCAGGCAGAAACGAGAUCCUCUCGUCGUGCAUCAUCACCGAGUGGGAUCAUACCCUCAUGCCUCCUCAUAGGCUGUUGAGCCAUGAUCUGCCUACCACCGUUUGUACCUGCGUCGCAUCGCCUGAAGAGGAGGAGGAUGAGCUAGACCGACGACAGCCGCAAGGGGCGCGGCAUCAAGUGCGCAAGCUACGACGUACGCGGAGGAUAGACCCGCAGCUGAUACUUGUCGAGAACGAGGACGACGUGGAGGGUGAGGACGAGGGAGAAGAGGGGGACGAGGAGGACGCGGAGCCUGAGGAAGAGGACGAGGAAGGAAUGGCUAGGCAACGUCACCUCUACGAAACGGCCUUCGACUGCAAGGUCAAUCGCUCCGACGAUGAUCUUGACGAUCUCGAUCGAGUCACUAAUCACGCGGUACUGCAUUCCCAGAUACGAAGUGGUAAUACCGCGCCAGUGAGUAGAACGAGUUCGUCAACGGACACGUCGAAGCAACAACAUCAGCAGUCGCUUCCUUACGCUGGCCAAUCGCAAUCAAACAAAGAUAGACGUAAGGUCGUACUUCUCCGCCCAAAACCGAUUCCGAGCCGCCUACAGCAGCAACAGCAACAGCAGCAGCAGCAACAACAGCAGCAGCAACAAUCGCAACAACAGUCAGACAAUAUAUCUACUUUGUCCCAAGAUAUCGAGUCCCUCCAGAUCAAUUCGAGCGACGAGAAAACUGGAUCGCCGAGAUUACCAGCACGCGAUUAUACACCGUCACCACCGUCGACUGCUCCCUUACCUGCGAAAUUUCACGGAAACCGAGAUCAUUUGCUGUUGAAUAUUCGCAGCGCGCCAAAUUUACCAUCACAGCAAGAUCAUCCCCGUUUGAAGGACAUGAGAUUACCAGUGAAAUCGUUGUUGCGCGCCAAAGAAUCACCGCAGAGCAGCGAGGGCAGCAUUCUUGAAAUCAAGAGUCGGCCAAAGACCUUCGUCCAGGAGAACAUUGAUUCUUCGCAGGGUCGGCGAUUUGAUAAGGAGCUCAUACUGGAGUUCAAAGAUAGGCCCCGGGAGGAGAGACAACGACCACGCAGUCUGAUCCGCGAGAACAGGCCGAUAAUGGAGUUCAAGGGUAGGCCCCAUGAAGCGGAGAGCGAACUUGCGCGACCGCGAAGAGACGCUGGCCUUUUAGAGUUCAAGUUACGUACUUCGAGACGUCGCAUUGGUUACUCCAGCACGGAAAGCAUGGCGACCAGCAGCAGCGGCGGUAGUAUGGAGUCCAUCAGAAGUAGCACUAGCGAGGGCAACAGAUCAACCAGCAGCUCCGACAGUCGGCACAGCACCAGAUCACUGAGCUCCCACAGUUCCGACAGCGGCGGUACCAACUGCUACCAUCAUCAUCAACAGCCGUCGCUACCUGGUUUUCUAAAUCAUCACGCCACCAAGUUGCAUAUCCUCUCGCCAAUCUCCGACAAGUCGUCGCAAGAGCCGGCCUCGGAGACUUCCGACAACAAUCGCAACAAUAACUCACAGAAAGCCUCGCCCGAGGAGAGCAUCACCGCGGAGAAUAACAUCACUGCAGGCAACAACACCAACACGAAUACAGUCACUUCGCCUAUGGACACAUCUUUUAAGAAACGGCGAACGCCGCAGAAUAAGAAUCUUAUUAAUCUUGCUUUGCAGUCAUCGUCGUCGGGCGACGCGGAGAUCCAGGGUUCAGACAGCGGUAUAUCUAUUGAAUCCCGCGCUGGUAUCAAGUGCAAACCUUUCGGAUUCCAUUUGUUAAAGCCGCAGCUUGACAAUAUUAAUUUCGUCGACAAUGAGCCGGAACUCUCGGAUCUACCUUUCGAUAUGCCGAAGCUACGUAGAAGACGGCUGCUGAUGCAACAAGAUGCCACUACAUCCGGAAGUGCGACCAGUGUAGACCUAAGAGAUCUACCCUUCGAUAUGCCGAAACUCAGGAAACGUCUCAGAUGUACUCAGAGUACCGAAUCCAGUGCAUCUCAGGCGUCGUCCAGUCUCUCGGUACGCGACGUGGAGCCGCCUCUUUUAUUUGGCGGCGGUCUGGCGCGUCCGAAAAUGACUCUAAAUCUGGAUGCCAGUAGUAUUGCAGUGGGAACGAGUGGGAAUUCGGGCGGUCAAUUGGUGCCGAAAAAACCUGGUGGCCUAAGCCUCGGUUUACCGCUGGAAAUCAGCACCGCUCGAAUAUCAGCUGAUCUGGUUGACGUGGAGCUUCCAUUGGAGAGACAAGGAUGGUAUCACGGCUCUAUCACACGCAUCGAGGCAGAGGGUCUUCUGCGAGUUCAUCAAGAAGGAAGCUACCUAGUGAGGAACAGCGAGUCGACCAAACAAGACUAUUCUCUAUCCCUGAAGAGCGCCCGCGGUUUCAUGCACAUGCGCAUCCAGAAGAACGAAGAGCUGAACGCAUACAUUCUGGGGCAGUUUAGCAAACCGUUCGAAAACAUACCGGAAAUGGUCCGUCAUUUCAGCGUGAAUCGUCUUCCGAUACGCGGUGCCGAGCACAUGUGUCUCUUGCAUCCGGUUAUAGUUCAGCUUUUGUAGCGCAUCUAUCGUAGCGCCAUUUAAGGCGCUGGGAUUUUGAUAAUCUGUUUUCUUUUUUUUCCCGACGAGUGCCGAAGCGCGCGAUUGCGAAUGAACGGUAAGCUUGAUAUAGCGAACGAGAUGUAGGAAAUAUUAUUCUCAAACAAGGGAGUCUUCCGAGAGUCCGUGAGACGUGGUUGACCCAUGAGAUCCUCCGUAUCAAUUCGCAUUCUGAUUGAAUGAACCGUUCAGCACGAAAAGCGUCAGAGAUAAUGGACAAUAAUAGCAUUGACGGGGAAUAUCGCUUCGUCGCGAAAUGUUAGGGGAAGUACAGUACAAAAGUAUAAACGAUGACACUGAGCGAAGCUGCUCAACAAAUACACAGUGCGAUCGAUCGUCCAGAACGAGGACGUCCAGGUCCGUGCAAUUUGUUGCGAGAGGCCGGUGUUAAAUUAUGUAUGAGGAAUCUCAGGUCGCUCCAAGUGAGGAUACUUGCUCACAAACGUCAUCUUUUUGACAACACUUUACUUUCGCAUGUCUAGUUCAAGUUUAUAGUCCAAGUUUUUAUUGCACAAUAAAAUUAGAGUCAGUAGGAGCAGUGAAUGCUUUCCUCCUCUGCCUCUCGGACUCGAAAGCGUAAAGAUCGGUGUCCUACAUGCUUCGUCUUCCUCAAAAACAUCGCGCAAACCUACCUCAUAGGCAAACGCAUGCAUCGCGGCACGAUGGAGAAACGUAUCAAAAAUUGCGAUAUUAGAAAUUGUAAGAGUCUGGAGAACGAAAUUACUUGAAACAGAUACGAAUUAUCGAUGCAGUGGCGACCGUUGAUAACUCUCAUGAAGGCUAUAAUGAAUUCGGGAUCGACGAUUCUAGCAGAAGCAUAUUCGAGAACAUUCUUGAAGACGUUUUUCCCGACGAUUGUUCCUCGAAUUCGCGACUAUGCGGAUUCUAUGAAAGAAACCUUUCAAAUGGGAUCAGAAAUGCUGCUUUACGAAAAUGAUAUAAUUUAAGUAAGAAGGAAAAGUGCGAUGCGCGUAUUUAGAUUCAUAUAACGUGCUGCAUAGAAGUAGCCCGACGUUGAAGCCAAAGUAAAACUAAUCCUAAUAUCCAGUCGAGGAACGUAGCGCAGAGGCUGUAGGCUGGAUACGCGCAGCAAGCGCGAAUAAAAUGCCAAACUUUACUUCUAAUCGUAAUCAUUUAGUCAGGGUUUAGUUGUCCGUCUCAUCGUUGAUAAGUGAUUAAGUAGGCUUAGAACUAAGCAAGCGUAUGACAGUUAGUUGGCUCGGUUAUGAAUCUUAGGUGAGGCGAAGAAAUUGCGAGUCGAAAAAAAUAAUGAGUGUUUUUUUGAGUGUCGCAAAACGACACGAGCGACGGUAUUGUGAUCGGAAACGUGAGGAAAGUAGAAAAAGAUGAUAAUAAUCAGACAGUCUGAAUCAUCGAUGGCUCGUCAUAUGAGUCAUCCGUCCGAGAGUCCACGAGGACACUCGCGAAAGAUUUUUGCGAUAGGAUGCAACCGAUACAUAUUUUUUCAUGUGAUAUUAAUUUGUUACAGAGAUAGCCUAGUUUCACCUGUGAUCUGUUACUUAAUUCCCCUUAUUCGCGCGCGUGCGCGCGCACGAUAACGAUAAUAAAAUAAUUAAACUUGCUAUUAUUAUUACGUAGAAUCAGCAACGACGCGUCACUCAGACGCGAUGAUGAGACGUCCGUGGUAUCACAAUAAUUUUUCAAAUUAGAAAUUCGAUUCGCAGAGGUUGUGAGCGAAUUUUCGUUGGCCGCGUAAGCAAGAAAAGUUUUGCUUAAUAUUAAGUAGAGACGUAGGGAACCUACGGUGAGAAGUAGCGAGUGCCAGUUGCAUCGUGUUGUAAAAAUUAACCGAUGGUCUCGUUUGAUUUAAAUGUUUAAUCCGUGUAUACGAAACAAAGCAUUAAUUCCCUUAUUAAAACUGAUGUUUAAAUUCGCGAUCACUGAAAUACUUGAAUUGUAAGUGAGGCACUCUCUACUUUCGCAUCUAAUUAGGUUGAGUGUAAUUUAUACAUCGUAUUUUAAGCUGCCAGUAUUAUUAACUGUAAUCGAUAAUGCAUAUCCAUAUAUGUUAAUGUUUAAGACAUUAUAUUAUCUCUAUAGUCCGAUCAUCGACACUAUAAUCUAUACAUAUUUAUUUCUUCUAUUAUAUUUAUUACAUUGAAUAUGGUAAUGAAAUUUCCGUGCGUCGUUAAUUUAAUCGCGAAUUCAUAGAGCUGUAACCUUUAGUGAUUUCUGUAUUCUGUACACGUAGAGUAAUACUAUUUGUCGAAAGGCAGUACGUAAAUUGUAUGGUAGACACUAACUUGUAGAUACUUCCUGUACCUUGAAAUUUGUAUGAAGUAGCAUUUAGAUUACGUAAUAUAUAAAUAUAUAUUAUUAUAAAUGAUUAUACUAGCGCGCAUAGCUCUCGUUUGUAGGAUACAUAAAAUAAGAUCGAGCAAAAGCGGAAUAAGUCCAAUAAAAUAUCUUGAGCGCUGUGCACGCCCUUUACGUAAAAAGGGAUCUUAGAUGACGAUGUGCAAUAUUCUGACACGGUCUCGUACGGGCGUAAACGUGAAGUGCGAUCCAAUAUUUUUGUUUUAGCAAGCAGACCAUCAAUGUUCCAAAUCGACUUCACUAGGUAGUCUUGUGUACUCUGGAAAUUUCUCUUAAUAAUAAAACAAUUAAUAACUCCA